CCUCCCCGCCGUCACCGCCGAAGCGGGUCUGGGGGCGGCCACGGGUUGCUCGCCUCCGCGCCGCCCGGCCCACGAUGUACACCAUCACCCGGGGGCCCAGCAAGUUAGCCACGCAGAGGAGGACGGGGCCGUCGCAGCAGCAGGUGGACAGCCAACUGGGGGAUCACCUCAAAUGCCAGCAGCAACAGCAGCAGCAGCAGCAGCAGCAGCCUCCCACUCCGCAGCCGCAGCAGGCUUGCCUCUGGCCCCUGGCAAGUAGCCCGGCCCCCAAGCUGGUGUUCAACCGAGUCAAUGGCAAGAGGCCACUGACGGUGCCACAGCCCGCCGAGGGGGUGGAGGAGGGCUACGCCCUGGCACACGAGGAGAACGUCCGCUUUGUCAAUGAGGCCUGGCAGCAGGUGCAGCAACAGCUGGAUGGGCACCAGCAAGGGCAGAGCGGCCCCGUGCAGUACGAGGAGAAGACCCCCGACCCCAGACUGAAGAACUUCGUGCCCAUCGACCUGGACGAGUGGUGGGCUCAGCAGUUCCUGGCCAGAAUCACCAACUCCUCCUAGCAGCCGGCGCGGGAGAAGGGGUCCGCCCGGCGCCGGGAUCGGGGGCACCCCCAAAGAGGACCCCAGCCUCGCCCCCUCUCCUGCCCGGCUCUUCCUCUCGCCCCGGCCAGGGCCCAGGGGGGCAGGGGCCGUGCCAAUCCGAACCGGGCCCGGCCUGGACAUUUGAAACUGCUUCAAACUCUGGUCUGGACCGGCAAGUGCCCCAUGCCAGGCGGGGCAGGGAGGCUCGGCCAAUGACUCCGGCCCCAGCCCACCCCACCGCGCAGGCAGGAGAUGGGGGGCCCGGCUGGGAUCUUGGCCUCAAUAAAGAGUUGAUACUGGC